ACAAUAAAUAAAAAUUUAAGUUCCUGAAGUUUUACGACUUAUUUUAAGUAAGAUUUUCAAGACGAAUGAAUAACUAAACGUAUUAAAUUAACGCAAGUUUAAAUAUCUCAGGGCAACAAAGAGAAAAUAUUUAGUGUAACCAAACCACAUCUCACGCCAUCAACCUACAUUGAAAUUCAAUUCUACUCUUUCACACUAUAAAUAUUACAUUUUUACACCCUCAUUAACGUACAAAUUACUUUUUAGUCGUAACAUCCGCAUUAUUUUUAUUUAAGCAAUUAUAUUUACAUUUGAAAUAUUCCAUCAAGAAAUUCUUUUUAUAUAAUUAUGUAAUCUUUUAUCUGAUCAAUAGCUUUCUUGGAAUGUGUGAUAUCGGAUAUACACUCAACUGAAUUUCUUUUCAAAUAAAGUUGACAUCAUUAACUAAAAAUUAUACUGACGUAAUUCUAUCUUUUAUCUUUCUCUAUGAAGGGAUAUUUACACAGCUUCGCCUGGGCUUCCUCAGGAUUUAUCAUGUCGUAAACAAUUCGUAUUAAAAAAUGAAUCCCAAAAAUUACCGGCUAUUCAGGAAGAUUCAGAAGCAUGUUUACCUCCAAUUGCUACAUUUAGCCAUCAUCGACAAAACCGUACUGGUCCUUGUUCCUCCUACGUUGGUAAGUCAGUGAAAUCGGUUGGUCGGAAGCAUCAAAAGCAAUCAAGAUCUAGACGUGCUGAGAAUAAACUUUACUGCAAUUGGCCACAAUGUCCGCGAUUCCUUCUAAAGCAGCCUUUUAAACAAAUGACUCAUUUGAAACGUCAUUUACUUUUACAUAAAAAUCAUUUAAAUCUAUCGUGUUCACAGUGUGGAAAACGCUUUAGUUCGAAAGAAAAUCUUAAAAGGCAUGCAAAUGUACAUUCAGGUUUAAAACCAUAUAUGUGUUCAAUUUGUCAUCAAGCGUACUCUAGAACAUCAGAAAGAUCCAGGUGUAUGAAGAAGCAUCAUUUUGAAGAUAAAUAUUUAUCUGAACAGGAUAAACAAUGUUUGUAUAAAGAUGUUUAUAAUGAUUGGGAUUCUUCUGGUUUAUCUGCUUUACAAAUCGAAGAUAAAAUUAAUCAAUCUCGUCCAAGACCAUAUAUCUGUCAAAUAUGUAAUGAUCACAGAGCGUAUACAGAUCCAAGUUCACUUAGAAAACAUAUGCGCUCUUAUCAUGCACACUUGAAAGAUGAAAAAUCUAUAACUAAUAAUGAUUCUACCAAUGAAUCUGUUAUGUCUAAAUCAAAAUUAUCUAAAACUCUUCCAUGUGAAGAACCUAUAAGUCUUGUACUCGCUAAUUCAACCACUGAUGUAGACGCAGUUGAUCCAUCUCAUUUGUCAUUUGAUAAUUCAUUCAAUCCAGAAUCUAAAUCAUUAAUACUUACAAGUGAAUCAGUUUGUCCUAUGAUUAUUACUCCAUAUAAUGUUUUAACAACGUCUAUGACAUCAUCAGAAAUACCUGUUACUACUAAUGUUAUGAUUUCUUUUAAUAAAAAUAAUAAUAAUAAUAAUAGUGUUAUCACGGAAUCAAAUAUUUCAACAAAUAUUGUUACUACACCUAGGUAUCAUUUGUUAUUAACGUCAGAUUCUGUUGUAUCUUCAACAAUGAUGACGGUGAUUUCAAUGACAUCAACCACUACCACUAGUACUGCUACUACUACAUUAAGAAAUGAAUAUGAUAGCGAUGUUGCUGUGGAUUUAUGUAAUUCAGCUUUAUGCCUACAAGUUUAUUCCGAUAAAACAUAUACCCCUGUAUCUUCGUCAGAAUUAGGAAGAGUUGAUUCAUUAACUCUACCUUUAUCAACAGUGAAUUCUUCUAACAGCAUUAUACCACAAUAUAUUACAGAAACUAAUCGAAUUAUUGACAAUGGUCUUUCAUCUAAAAAUUUAUUUUAUUCAAAUUCUGGUCUUGAUCUUACUGAUACACAUUAUUUUACAUUGACAGGGGCUACUGAAGCGAUAGAUUUAUCACUUGAUCCCUCUGUAGAUAUAAUAACUGUAAAUCCAAUUGAUUUAAGUUCCUCACAACAUUGUACAACAUUGUUUUUUGAAUCGUCAAACGAAUGUACCGAUAAUACAUUCUUUACAACACAUACAAUAUGGGAUCCUGAACCAGGUUUCAGUUUUACCGACCUCUUACUUACUAAUAAUGAUGAAGAAUGCGAAACGGAAUUCCCUGAAGUUAUAAUUUACCCUGAAAAUGCUAUUUAUCGUUCAAACGAAACGUUAACUUCUUUUACUACAACUAGCCACAAUGAUACUACUAACAAGACCGUAAUCAGUAGUGAACUGAAAAUACCAGAUACACAUAUCUCAUCAAUGAAUAACUGUUAUAUUCCAUCAGAUACACUAACGACGACAAUAGAAACAACCUUAACUGGAGGAGUCGGUGGAGAAGGAGGUUAUAACAUACAACCACCACCUUUAGACUUACGCUUAAUACAGUCCAAUAAUUUUUAUUCAUAAAAAUUAUCUUUUGUUUUAGAAGAAAAUGUACAUUAUCUCUUGUGAAUAUUGUUCAUAUUUGCAUACACUCUAGUAUUUCUUUUUAUCUUCCCCAUUUUAUCUAUUCAUUUCACAGCGUUUUGUCUUCAAAAUAUAG